AUGGAGCGGAAGGUAGUCCUCAUCACCGGCUGUUCCUCUGGAAUUGGUCUGCAUCUGGCUUGGCGCUUGGCGGCUGAUCCUUCAGGCAGUUUCAAAGUAUAUGCCACUCUACGGGACCUCGGGGCUCAGGGCCCUCUGUGGGAUGGUGCACGGGUUCGAGGCUGCCCUCCAGGGUCCUUGGAGACACUACAGCUCGAUGUGACUGAUCCCAGCUCGGUGGCUGCUGCCCGAGACCAUGUGACAGAAGGCCGGGUGGAUGUCCUGGUGUGUAAUGCUGGCCGUGGCCUGCUUGGGCCCCUGGAAGCCCAGGAAGUAGAGGCUGUGGGUUCUGUGUUAGACGUGAACGUGGUAGGAACAGUGCGUAUGCUCCAGGCUUUCCUUCCAGAUAUGAAGCGGCGUGGUACAGGCCGAGUGCUUGUCACUGGGAGCAUUGGCGGGCUCAUGGGCUUGCCCUUUAACGCAGUUUACUGUGCUAGCAAGUUUGCACUGGAGGGUCUAUGUGAGAGUCUAGCUGUGCUGUUGCCACCCUUCGGAGUCCACAUCAGUCUCAUAGAGUGCGGCCCUGUACGCACCGCUUUCCAGGAGAAACUGGAGGGGGGACCUGGUGGAGUUUUGGGAAGUGCUGACCAGGAGACCCGGGCUCUCUUCUCCCGAUACCAGCGCCACUGUGAGCAGGUCUUCCAGGAGGCGGCCCAGGACCCAGAGGAUGUGGUGGAGGUAUUUGUCCAAGCCCUCUAUGCCCCUCGCCCUGUCCUGCGCUAUUUCAGCACUGAGCGCUUCCUGCCCCUAGUGGGGCUCCGAUUCUCUGAUGCUGGUGGCUCUCAAUAUGUAGAAGCCAUGCACCAUGCCAUCUUCUCAGAGCCGGAGGAAGGGGAGGCCCGCAGUGGAUCUUCUUUUCACCCUGAGGUAUCCCCUCAAUAA